AUGACAUUUUUCACAUUCGUGAGAUUUACAACACUUGUACCUCUUCAUGAUUUUAUUUUUCAGAGCUCCUCAGUAAUUGAUAACGAAGCAUGUAGUAUACCUUAUAGCUAUUUCCUACUAAUCUCAGAUAUCUGUCAAUGUGGAAGGUUGACGUGCGAACGUGAAGAAGCAGAAGGUCGAUGUCCGAUGCGGCAGCAGGUGACGACGGCCGUGCUGCUGUUCGUGUUCGUCGACGUCACGCUAACGACGUCAACUUCGACUACGGCCGAAUGCGCCGAUAGGCAUAUUUUCUCGGAUCAUCCUAGCGCAGGUGCGGUAAAUGCACAGGAGAAGUUUUUAGAAUAA